AGUUGUACCCAAAACUACUGCUCCUCAAUUAUGAUUAGCUGCAGAAUUUUAUGUUUAAAUUACGAUUAAUUGAAUCUUAAGCCAUUAAGAAGAUAAAAUAAUCUACUCUACAGUCUACACUGUACGUCUUCCCUCUGCAAAAACCUGAAACUUCCAUAUAUUUCGGACCCAUAAAAGACUGAUAAUUAUCUAAUAACAAAUCUCACAUUCCAAGCUCACUUUUUUGCUUUGUUAAUCGAACCCAUAAAAGACUCAUUUCUUGAGUGCCUAUAAAAUGCCCUUUUGAUUUCAAGAACUUAAUGCUCAUUUUGAAUACUAAUCCCGAGAAUUGACCAAUAAAGAUUUCAAUUUUCUUGGCUCUCUAUGUAUUAAUGCAGGGAGGUAUUUAGGGUUUUGAGAUUCAAGAUCGGUGACUGAUGGAAUCAAGGAUGGAUCAGUACGAGAUCAUGGAGCAAAUUGGUCGUGGGGCUUUUGGGGCAGCCAUUUUGGUCAAUCACAAGCUGGAAAGAAAAAAGUAUGUGCUCAAGAAGAUUAGGUUGGCUCGACAAACAGAGCGUUGCAGAAGAUCUGCUCAUCAAGAGAUGGCCCUAAUUGCACGGAUACAACAUCCAUACAUUGUUGAAUUCAAGGAAGCAUGGGUAGAGAAGGGCUGCUACGUUUGUAUAGUUACUGGCUAUUGUGAGGGUCGCGACAUGGCUGAACUUAUGAAAAAAUCAAAUGGGCAGUUCUUUCCCGAGGAGAAACUCUUGAAAUGGUUUGCUCAACUAUUGUUGGCAGUUGAGUAUCUGCAUUCAAAAUUUGUUCUGCACCGGGACCUGAAAUGCUCCAAUAUCUUUCUUACAAAAGAUCAAGAUGUUCGUCUAGGGGAUUUUGGACUUGCUAAAACCCUGAAGGCAGAUGAUUUGGCUUCUUCAGUAGUAGGAACUCCUAAUUACAUGUGCCCCGAACUUCUUGCAGAUAUUCCUUAUGGUUUUAAAUCCGAUAUUUGGUCCCUUGGUUGCUGUAUAUAUGAAAUGGCUGCUCAUCGUCAUGCAUUCAAGGCAUUUGACAUGGCAGGAUUAAUAAGCAAGAUCAACCGGUCAUCCAUUGGCCCUUUGCCUUCCUGUUACUCCCCAUCCUUGAAAACAAUAAUCAAAGGCAUGUUGAGAAAAAACCCCGAACGUCGACCAAGUGCAUCCGAAAUCCUAAAACACCCAUAUCUACAGCCUUAUGUUGACCAGUUCCGCCCCUCGAAUUGUCCUCCUGCACUAGGAAAGCCUCUUUUUGGGACUCGUGACACUGGAAAGAGUAUUGCCGAAGGCCAAAGCAGUAACAGUUCUUCCAGUGACAGAGAUAACUUACUGUCGUGUGAAAAAAACAUGCAAGGCGUUGUCAUCAAUUGUGGACAUAAAGCCAAAGAUAUGGAUUUGGCUUCCCUUGAUGAUGUCAACUGUGGUCAGCUUCAGUUAAAGAAGGACCAACAGAAAAAUUACACUGUCUCUACAACUAUAAAGCAUCACGAAGUUAUGAAGCCGUUGCAAGAGGAACAGAGAUCUAGCGUUGAACCUAAGCAACCAAGAACGAUUAAAAAAAUUAUUAUUGCUCUAAAAGAAGGAAAAGUGCAAGAAAACAGUUCUCCCAUGAGAAGCAACCAGAAAGUAAGUAAUUUGGGUAACCAGAAAUCUUUUGUUGAAGCAUCUAUGAAAAUCACCAAGCCAGGUUUGGUGAAUCCUGGUUUUAAGGCUAAUGCAGAGAUACCACCUGCUGCAUUAGUAAAGGCCAACUCGGACUCCACCAAAAGAAUACGAGCAACACAUUCUAUGAAGCACCAGCUACCUGUCAUGGAAACCCCUCCAAAGACUAAACCUAGACAUGAGGGAACUCCUCCGUCUGGUCUUGUAAAGGUCAUUGCUGAAGAUGGAUUCCCUACAAAGAUGAGACAAAAAACCCCUCCGACCCUAGUGCAAAGGCCUCCAUUUCCUGGACGGAUGAGGCAAGUGAACUGUGACUCUCCAAAUAGGAUGGACAAUAAUAUGAAGGUGGGACCUAUGGAAAAUCAGGAAACUGAAAAAUCUCCGGAUUCUGUGCCGUAUGGUUGUCAUCCACACACUCCGAGGGAAACUGUGAAGAACUCGGAAAAGACCGCAUCUGCUGUGUCUAAAAGAGUGCAGGCGGACAGCAGCAAUUCUGCAUCCUCUUCAGUAUCGAUACAAGGAUUUGAAAUCUGUUAUGACGCAUCGACUCCUUUUAUUAGCUCAUCUGAACACUUACUCUGCAGUCAUGAGCAAGUGGCUGAAAUUGAAAUUCUUGAAUCUGGGCCAAGUUAUUCUGGCUCUUCUUCCUCACCUUCUGAAAGGUUAGAGUGUCUGUCCAGAGAAAAUCACAGAGGAGAAUGUAAAUCCAGUCAUCAUCAAGCCACUGAAACUGAGAUCAUCCGGUCUCGACCAAGCUGUUACACAUCUUACUCAUCCCCUUCAGAAGCGCUAGAAAAUCGACUUAGAGAAACUCAGGGAUGUAAUAGAUCCAGCCAUCAUCAAGCCACUGAAACUGAAUCCCAACCAAGCUGCUACACGUCUUCCUCAUCACCCUCAGAAGCUCUAGAAGAUCAAUGUAGAGAAACUCAGGGACGUAAUAAAUCAAGUCAUCAUCUAGCUACUGAAACUGAGAUCAUCGAGUCUCAUCCCAAUUGUUACAUAUCUUCCUCUUCACCCUCAGAAAUGCUAGAAGAUCAAUGUAGAGAAACUCAGGGACGUAAUAAAUCAAGUCAUCAUCUAGCUACUGAAACUGAGAUCAUCGAGUCUCAUCCCAAUUGUUACAUAUCUUCCUCUUCACCCUCAGAAAUGCUAGAAGAUCAAUGUAGAGAAACUCAGGUACGUAACCGUAUAUCCAGUCAUCAUCAAGCCACUGAAACUGAGAUCAUCCGGUCUCGACCAAGCUGUUACACAUCUUACUCAUCCCCUUCAGAAGCGCUAGAAAAUCGACUUAGAGAAACUCAGGGAUGUAAUAGAUCCAGCCAUCAUCAAGCCACUGAAACUGAAUCCCAACCAAGCUGCUACACGUCUUCCUCAUCACCCUCAGAAGCUCUAGAAGAUCAAUGUAGAGAAACUCAGGUACGUAACCGUAUAUCCAGUCAUCAUCAAGCCACUGAAACUGAUAUCAUUGAGUCUCGACCCAGUUGUUACACAUCUUUAACGCCACCCUCAGAAAGUCUAGAUGAUAAAUAUAGAGAAACUUUGGUAAGUAACAAUAAGUCCAGUCAUCAUCAAGCCACUAAAACAGAGAUCAUUGAGUCUCGACCCACUUGUUACACAUCUUCAACGUCACCUUUGGAAAGGCUAGAAGAUCUAUGUAGAGAAGAAGGAUGUAACAGUAAAUCCAGUCACCGUCAAGCCACUGCAACUGAGAACAUUGAGUCUCAACCCAGCUGUUACACAUCUUCCUUGUCACACUCUGAAAGGCUCGAAAAUCCAUCUAGCGAUAAUCAUGGAAAUAAGUUCAAUUCUAUUGGAAUCUUUUCUGAAACAUCCGAAGAAUGCUCAGACUAUCGAGUGACGGAUGCUGGUCAUUGUGAUGGGAACACGAGUUCUAACAUAACCACGGGGAUACAUGUUCCUGAGGAAUUACUUGCAGGUGAAAAGGACAAUCCUUAUCAUCUGGCUUGGUCAAACCCGACUUCAGCAUCCCGUGAUAAUGAUAAAUAUAUGGUGAAAAGACUUGUUUCUCUAGCAACAGAAUGUUCUCCUUCCUCUGCCUCACCUGUUUCGUUGAGCCAGAAGUCAUUGUUGUUGGAUGAUGGAGUUGUUUCGCGAAAUGCAAUCAAAGAAAAGCUGUCUGGUACUCAUUUCCCACCUUCUUUUGAUGGGGUGAUACAUGUGAUUCGUCACAGUAGUUUCCAAGUUGGUAGUGAGCAGCCGGUAAUCCAAGAUGUGGAGAGAAAUCUGGAUGUUGGGAAACUGGUAAAUGUGAUGACCGACGAACCUGAUAUAAAAAGUCCAGCUUAUUCUGCUGUUCCAAAAUCAUCUAGUUUCUCUGAAAACGCGAGUUGUGAAAAUCCUGUCAACAAGGAAAUAGGCUCGAUUUCCGAUAAUUCCAUUCCCAUGGUUCCAAAAUCAGAUUCAUCAGAACCAGCAAAAAUCAAUCCUGUUGUUGCACCCGAAAAAUCACUAGUGAAGGAAACUUUAGACGUGAACUCCUUCAGACAGAGAGCUGAGGCACUUGAAGGGCUACUCGAAUUGUCUGCCGACUUGCUUCAACAGCAUCGACUAGAAGAACUUUCUGUCAUUUUGAAACCUUUUGGAAAAGAAAAAGUCUCUCCAAGGGAUACGGCUAUCUGGUUGGCUAAAAGUCUUAAAGGAAUGAUGCUCGAAGACAGCGGACGAAUUUCGUAAUGCUGGUAAUUUUCUCUCUUCUUCCUUAUUUGGUAGUUAUACUCUAAUUGUUCAACCUUCUAUCUAUUCAGCUUUUCAAGUUCUAGCUGAAUUUUCCAACUGAAGAACCUGUUUUUUAAAAUUUUUUUAUUUUUAUUUUUAUUUUUAUUUUUGUAAUUCCUUCAGUGCAGUAUGUUGUAUACAGUAGUAUUAUACAGUUGAAAUAAUGUCAUAUGGCAAAUGUAAGUAUACUGUGUAGAAACCAUGGUUCUGUAUCCUUUAGUAAGAUUAUUGAGAAACUGAGGUUCACUGUAUUGCAUCCA